AUUGGCUGGCGGCGCGGGCCGGGUCGGCGCGCGCGGGCUCGGGCCGGCAGUCCGCCAUGAACUGCCUGACGGUGCCCGGCGUCCACCCCGGCUCCCCCAGCCGGCCCCGCGGGCAGAUCCAGGUGAUCUUCGGGCCCAUGUUCUCCGGGAAGAGCACGGAGCUCAUGCGGCGAGUGCGCCGGUUCCAGCUCGCCCAGUACCGGUGCCUGCUGGUGAAGUACGCCAAGGACACGCGCUACAGCUCCUCCGGCGUCUCCACGCACGACAGGAGCACCAUGGAGGCCCUGCCCGCCGGGCUCCUCCAGGACGUUUACCAGGAAGCGCUGGGCGCCGCCGUCAUCGGCAUCGACGAGGGCCAGUUCUUCCCAGACAUCGUGGAGUUCUGCGAGACAAUGGCCAACACUGGGAAAACCAUCAUUGUUGCUGCUCUGGAUGGGACUUUCCAGAGAAAGGCCUUUGGGAGCAUCCUGAACCUGGUGCCGCUGGCGGAGAGCGUGGUGAAGCUGAACGCCGUGUGCAUGGAGUGCUUCCGGGAGGCCUCCUACACCAAGCGGCUGGGAGCAGAGCGGGAGGUUGAAGUGAUUGGGGGAGCUGACAAGUACCACUCCGUGUGCCGAGCCUGCUACUUCCGCACGCGACCCCAGCAGGCCGGGCCAGAGAACAAGGAGAACGUGCCCCUGGGCCUGAGGCAGCUGGAGACGGCUGCCCCUCGCAAGAUCUUCACUUGACUGCUGGGGAGAUGGAGGGGAAGGGAGCUCAGGGCUGUGGCUCAAAGGCCUCUCUGUACUUUAACAAACUGUUCGGUGCCUCAGCCCUCCCUGCCCAGCCUCCCACACCAGGCGCCACAACUGAGGCUCCACCAAGGCUGAUGCUGGUGGAAGCUGAAGCAAAAGCCUGGCUAGAGUGAGUUCCCGUCUCAGAACAAGGAGAGAGACCAGCACAGUCCCUGGUGCUGCCCGUGGAGCCUGGCCGCGGCGCUGCCGCCGCUCACCGUGGCCCUGGCAGCCUCCCAGGGCUCCAGGCGUGCUCAGGCUGGCACUGCUGCUGCUUCUGCUGCCUGUGAAUGCAGCCCUUCUCUCUUGUGCACUGUUGUGAAAUUCCAGGUUUCCCCAGACAAUGUACAGCCAUUAGUACUUUUAAUGCAAUUUUUAACUUCCUUCCUUAACAGUCUGAGGUAACUUGUCCCUUGUCACAGAGCUGUGACACAGCUUUUAAACUGACACACACCUCAGCCCAGCCCUGGGCAGGCCCCCAGCCCCUCUGCCAGCAUGCUGGUGUCAAUUAUUGCAGGAACAGGAGGUGGAGGAGGCCUGGCAGCUGGCUCUUCUGAGGGGCUGAACCUCAAAGGGCUGGCUGUGUUCUAGCAGGCUGUGACAGACCCUUGGAGGACCUGGUCCCAGGAAGAGCCUCCUCCAAAUUCAGGGCACUUUUUCUCAGGUUCAAGGCUGGUGCUGCCACUUUUGGUGCUGUUACCUGUGAGGGGUUUGGAGGCUCAGUUUCAUCUACCAAGAUUUGGACAAUUAUUCCAGGGAAGAUCCAGCUGCUUGGUAAAGGGGCUCUCCUGAGGAGCUGCUUCUCCAGUCUAGUCAUGUCUCUUGCUUUCUCCUCAGCCUUCCAAAAUUCUUGAGGCUGACUCUUAGUCUGCUCUAAGCUGACUGAAGGCUCCUCUUCCCUCUUUGUUAGACUCAGAUUCUGGAAGGUUGUUGUUUCCUUUUUGCCUGCAAAAGUGCUUUUUUUUCUGCAAGUGUUUUUUCCCAGCAUCCACAGGCUCCCAGCAGUAGCUCUUUGUUCUGGCCAGGCCAGAUCUCUGCAUCUGAGUCCAGGGUUGCUGUUUGCUGUGCCUGGAAGGCUCCAAGAGCUGCCUGACCCCCCCUGCUGCCCCCAUGUUACAGGUGAGACUCACUGUAUUCCCCAGGGCUGGGCAAGGCUCUGCUGCUGCUUUAGGUUAAUAAAUAACUUAAUGAACCUCUGUGUGUAUUUUUUACCAGAGCAUUCUGCUAAGUCUUCCUGGCAGUGACCAGUGAGACAGCAUGGGCUGCUCACAGGCCUGGGGCUGGAGCUCUGCUCAGACCAGGGAGCAUGAGGAGAGGGCCU